AUGGAAAGGUGGACAAAGAAUGCAAACAAGUCUUUAGUUUUGAAUUCUGAUCGCUUGGAAAUAAAAGAUGGCAAGGCUGGGAUGGAAGCCAUGCGAAUUAUUCAUUACUGUCGUCGAUCAGUUGAGCUAGCAUAUAUGUACUUGGGUAAGUCAGAGAAAGCAUAUGAUGUGGCAAUAGAUUUUCUUAACCAAGAUUUUGAAAAAAUCAAGGAAAUUGACAUUGUUGAACUUGGAAAAGAACAUGGUCAAGACAUGCAGAAAGAAUUAUUUGCUGACGUUGAACCAAAAUCAACUACAGAUCAGUCAUAUGCCGCUUCUACAACUACAGAAGUACCUAACGAUGCUUUAUGUGUCUCUUCCUCUACUAAUACGAUCAUAGGUGACCCACGCAUCUCCCAAACCAAAGGUAGGAAGACUGAGAAAGGAAAGGAAAAUGCAGCGGAAGAUUUGCGCAUCAAGAGUGGUAUAGAAUUGUCAAAAGAAGCAAGAAAACCUAGAAUUUGCAGGUAUUGCGGUUUGGGAGGCCAUGACUCUCGCACAUGUAAAAAAAGAAGGCUGACCAGUUAA